UCCGGACUGGCUGCCCGCUGCUCGGCUGCUCUCGCUCGGAGACCCGGGGGUGCUGAUGCAGAGAUGGAGUUGAAUGACAAAAACAGCAAAGUACCGGAGAGAGUUUGAGACAAAGGGAGGGCACUUAGGCUUUAGCUCUCCGUCCGAGCCGGCCGCCGGGCGGAUUUAGUGGGCUAUUAAAACGAGAGGAGGACAAAAAAUCGGCGCUAAAAUGAAGCUGCUGAAGCCGAGUUGGGUGAGCCACAACGGCAAACCCAUCUUUUCCGUGGACAUCCACCCCGAUGGGACAAAGUUCGCCACCGGUGGACAAGGGGAGGAUUCGGGGAAGGUGAUGAUCUGGAACAUGGCCCCUGUCCUCAGAGAGGAGGACGAGAAGAACGAGAAUAUUCCCAAGAUGCUUUGCCAGAUGGACAAUCACCUAGCCUGUGUGAACUGUGUUCGCUGGUCCAACAACGGCCUGUACCUGGCAUCAGGAGGGGACGACAAACUGGUCAUGGUGUGGAAAAGAGCUGCCUUCAUCGGGCCCAGUACGGUGUUCGGGUCGAGCAGUAAACUGGCCAACGUGGAGCAGUGGAGGUGUGUGACCAUCCUGAGGAACCACACCGGAGAUGUGAUGGACGUGGCGUGGUCUCCUCAUGACGUGUGGUUGGCGUCCUGCAGCGUCGACAACACCAUCGUCAUCUGGAACGCACGCAAAUUCCCCGAGAUGGUGACGUGUCUUCGGGGACACACUGGUCUGGUCAAAGGCCUGACUUGGGACCCGGUGGGGAAGUACAUUGCGUCUCAGGCCGACGACCACAGCCUGAAGGUGUGGAGGACGGUGGACUGGCAGAUGGAGGCCAACAUCACCAAACCCUUCAACGAGUGCGGGGGAACGACCCACGUCCUGCGUCUGUCCUGGUCUCCGGACGGUCAGUACCUGGUGUCGGCCCACGCCAUGAACAACUCGGGUCCGACUGCUCAGAUCGUGGAGCGCGACGGCUGGAAGACCAACAUGGACUUCGUGGGUCACCGUAAAGCUGUGACCGUGGUGAAAUUCAACCCAAAGAUCUUUAAGAAGAAGCAGAAGAACGGAAGUUCUCCAAAGCCCAGCUGUCCGUACUGCUGCUGCGCCGUCGGCAGCAAAGACCGCUCGCUGUCCGUCUGGCUGACCUCCCUGAAGCGCCCCCUAGUGGUCAUCCAUGAUCUCUUCGAUAAAUCCAUCAUGGACAUUUCCUGGACUCUGACCGGUCUGGGCAUGCUGGUGUGUUCCAUGGACGGUACCGUGGCCUACCUGGACUUCUCACUGGAUGAGCUGGGGGAUCCGCUGAGCGAGGAGGAGAAGAACACCAUCCACCAGAACAUCUACGGGAAAAGCCUGGCCAUCACCAGCACCGAGGCCCAGCUCUCCACCACCAUCAUCGAGAACCCGGAGAUGCUCAAGUACCAGCAGGAGAGGCAGAGCUCGGCCCAGGCCACCACCGGACCGGGCAGCACCGGACCAGAGUCCUCCGCCCCCAAACUCAACAGCGUGAUGAACGGGGAGUCGCUGGAGGACAUCAGGAAGAAUCUGCUGAAGAAGCAGGUGGAGACGAGAACCGCCGAUGGCAGGAGGCGAAUCACACCGCUGUGUAUCGCCCAGUUGGACACGGGGGACUUCUCCCCGGCUCUGUUCAACAGCGUCCCCAUCCUGCCGUCGGGUUCGUCCAUGUCCAACCAGCUGACGUCCCAGCUCAGCUCUGACUCCAGCCCAGGACAGGCCUCGUCUCUGGGGCUGAGGCCCAGCCACGACCCCAUGCUCACCUCGCCUCCAGCCAACAGCGCCACCAAGGGCCUGGAGGACAACAAGGACAGUGGGAAGGCCAGUCUGCUGCUCACCUCUGCCUCCAAGAUCGAACCAAUGAAAGCGCUGGACUCCAGGUUCACAGAGAGGUCAAAGGCCACGCCGGGGGUCACCGCCGCCAUCACCUCCACCACAGGACUCACGCCUUUAGACAGACCUAAAGACGGCAUCUCUGCGCUAAAAGAUGUCAAAUCCAAAGAAGAAACCAGCAGCGACAGCGAGGACAAGAUGGCCGCCAUCAACAAGAACCUGGCGUUCAGCAAGAGGAAACCCGAGCUCCUGAUGGACGGAGGCGAGGUGGUGGAGAAGAGGAAGAAGGGACGGCCCCGGAAAGACAAGAUGGCCACGCCCAUGACUCAGCCCUUCACACAGGUGACUCCUCCUACAGAUCGAGAGCCCAUCAGGACGGUGGCUCCUCCCACUCCUGUAGCUGUCCUCAAACUGCCCACGCCCAGCGUUCAGAAGGCCUUCAGCCUGCAGGUGAGCAUGGAGCCGUCGGUGUUCCUGGAGGUGGAGAACGAGGUGUCGGUGGUGGCCGGCUCCAAACUCAGCCAGCUGAGGUGUUCCAAAGACGGACGGGACUGGGACACGCUGCUGCCCUGCUCCGUGGUCACCGCUGCCGGGAGCAGUGAAGUCCUGGCCGUUGCCUGUGACGACAGGAUGUUGUCGGUCUUCUCUUCCUGUGGGCGUCGCCUCCUUCCUGCCAUCCAGCUGUCCUCGCCGGUGUCGGCCCUGCACUGCUCCGCCCACUUCGUCAUGGCUCUUACUGCCGGGGCGACGCUGUCUGUCUGGGACGUCCACCGACAGAAAGCUCUGGUGAAGAAUGAGUCUCUACUGACCAUUUUAUCUGGUGCUGAAACCACGGUGUCUCAGUCUCUGUUGACUCAGCAGGGCGUCCCCGUCAUUGGUCUGUCCAAUGGGAAGUCCUACUGCUUUAGCUCCACCCUGGAGACGUGGACUCUGAUCGCAGAUAAAGGAGACUCUCUCGUCCAAUGCGCCGACUUCAGGAGCUGCCUCACUUCCCACGAUGCACCUGUCUCCUCAGGGCCGCUGGCCGUCAUGCAGGGACGCAACCUGAACGCCGGGCGGCUGGCGUCGCGUCUGUCCUCCACCCCCCACCACCUGCAGCAGAGCAUGACGCUGGCCUUCCUGGAGAACCAGCUGGCCGCCGCCCUCACCCUGCAGUCAGCGCCGGAGUACCGCUACUGGCUGCUCAUCUACGCACGCUUCCUGGUCAACGAAGGGUCGGAGUAUCGGCUCAGAGAACUGUGUAAGGAGCUGCUCGGCCCCGUCCACAAGUCAGCCACUACAGCGUGGGAUCCCACCACCCUGGGUCUUCGUAAACGGGAGUUGCUGCGCGAGGUGUUACCUGUCAUCGGCGAAAACCUGCGAUUCCAGAGACUCUUCACUGAAUACCAGGACCAGCUGGAGCUGCUUCGCAACAAAUAACCGACAACGGCGACACAGAGACUUUGACUCAACGUAGAAAAAAAAUAAAACAACAACACUCACACACGAACGCUGCUUUCAAUGGAGUCGGGAAACGCCAACCACCGGCCGACUUCAGGAAACCAGCCCGGGCAGCGUUUUUUUUUUUUUUUUUUUUUUCGGCGCUGAGAGUUUUCAGCCAACGGGUGCUUUGUUUUCUACUCAACACUUCACUUGUGUCUUCGUCCGUAGAUGUCCACGUCUGACUAUGCACCGCCCUCGUCCAAUCAGAAAAGACCAACCGUUAAAAAAGACCCGGGUUGGAUUCACGGCCGCACACGUCGUCCAAAGGUCAGACCGUAACUGGAAACGGACGCAAAGGAGCAAUACGCUGGUACCAAAGGGACGCCCGGGGAUGGAAAACGAAAGGAAACUGCCCCCAGAAGGGAUGGAAGCGGGGGAUUCGAACCAAUAAUCCAGAAUAAUCCAGGCCCAUAGAUGAUACAUACAGGCAAUAAUGUUCACAACCGUAUAAAUACAGCCACGAGGCGUUCAAAUGCAUGAGGCGUUCACAUGCCUGGGACGAGGAGGGAUGUGUUCGGACAACGUUGGCGCAAAAGUGUCCACGAAAACCUCUCGUAAACACUAAUGCUGCCUUCAGGUGCUGUCGGGAAGAUGGGCCUUUCCACUGGUCAAUUUGAAUAUUGCCGGUGCGUUGCGUUCAAGUGCUUUUGUUGUUGUAGCGAAAUGAAAAAUGGCUGAAACAGAAUUUAUCAUGACCUGAUACUUGGGUAAAAUAGUUUUGGUUAAUUCAUCUGAUACAGCAUUUUUAAUCUUUUUUUUGUGUGUGUUUUAUAAAUGUACUAAAUCAUGUAGAAGCAGCAGAACGUUAAUGGAAACGUCGUUUAUCGUUGGCCUUGAACGCCUUGUUGAUAAGGUCAAAGGUCGUUUUCAUCUCAGCGGACGGCCCAGUUCUCCAGUGGAAAUACAGUGCAGUUUUCAGUUUGGUAACUAGUAUUUCCCAUAAGUCCCAUAGCACGUGAAGGCAGCACCAC